ACCAUUGCUGAAUGAAUUGCUGAAUGGUCUUCUAUCUUCUCCACCUUUACCACAGGCGAUGUGGGCUGCUGUUCCGCUACGGGUAGAAGUAUUCGGUAGUACCAUAAUGUAGGUUCGUAGUGUGAUCCUUUUCUUUGGGCGUCCAAUGCUUUUUUCAGUUCCUUACGAAAAGUCGUUCUAUAACAAUUAAUUUUUUUUAAAACGAAUUCUUUGUUCGCCAUUGGUUCGAUUUGACGACACAUUUCUGCUAACUUGUAAUAACACUCGUCUCUUUUUUCACGAUUUCCGUAAUCUGGACAUCGAACUUGCCACAAGCACGGCAUCGACAUAUACGCUUCCAAAAAAUCUCUCCAUACGCGCCGAUACUGCGGGACCGCUGCCAUUCCGAUGAAGUUAAAAAAUCACAGUUUCACAGUGAUCCAAACAAGCUCGUGGACUGCGCGUUCUAUCUCCACUGUUUAGUUUACCAAACCGUCAUCUCGAUUCCUACCACCGCGCCACCUUGCCAAGCUUUUUUUAUCUUCAACACAACCGAGCCAUGCAUGAUAACCGCGUCGCCAUUCCUCGCACCGGGGUACUUGAGAGAGGCUUGACAAGCUAUUGCUUUGUUGCCAUGCGCUUCCACGCAGUUGCCAAAUGGUCGUCGCAAGGACUCGAGAAGCGGCGGGCGAGGGGAAGGAGUGGCAGAGGUGAUUGCAUGGACAAAAUCGCUCUUUCCGCCUGCAUUGCGGAGGAUUGUGUGUUUAGGAGUGCUUUGAGGUAUUACAGUCUGAUGCUAUUUCGAGUCACUGUCAAACUGAAGACGUGCAUGUGUCGAAUCGAAUGUAGCAGCGUUAUUGUGAAAGAUAAUGCAUAUGUCAACAGCGCAUGCAUUUAAGAGAAGCAAAAGCAACUCAUGAACUAGUGUGUAGUGAGCGAGUGAUCGAAUUGAGUUCUAAAAAUUAGUUCCAAGUUGUAAAUCACACGUUAUAUUCAUGCUGUUUAUUUGUGUGAUUACCCGGUGUACAAUCUGUCAAAUAUUUCAUUUGAAAUGUUAUUAGUAGUGAGAAUAUAAUAUGUUGGAGAUUGUGGUGUAGUGACCUGCAUUGAACUAGUCUAUUUUACAAGGAUUAAUUUCGAGAAACAUGUCUAAAGCACAAGAAGCUUUACCCCCCAGCUAUGAGGAAGCCGUACAUGGAACAGUCGGAACUUUCGCUGGUGCUUCAGCUCCGAUUCUGCCUAGCCCAGAACAUGCACCACUUGUGCAGGGUGCAGUCACACCAAUGCCUCCAGUUGCUACAGAGUAUUCUGGACAUAUAAGUGUCGCAAUGCCUGGUAUCGUACCAGUUCCCCCUAUGGCUGUACCGACUGUACCGUCUCCUCAACCUCCACUACCUCAGGGUCAAAUGCCCAUGUAUCCCAUUCAGCAACCAGCAGCACCUGCAACUACAGGCAAGUUGGUUUCUUAUCUAUAUGUGUUGUAUGUUUCACCUCCACCGGUUGGACCAAAGCCGUGCACGCUAACCUGUCCUGUUUGUCACCAAAAAGUUCGCACUACUACUACUGUUACAAAUGCAGGCUCAGCUCAUGCCAUUUGCAUUCUUAUGUGUCUUUUGGGGAGUUUUGCUCUACUUCCUGUUCUUUCCUAG